CCCAAAAACAAACAGUGCCCCCUGUACAGGUGCGUGUGACUAAGGCAUUACCUGGACCGGUGAGUUCAUUCUAUCAUAACAAGCAAUCACAUGAUCCAGGUUGGUAGUUUUAAAAAGCUACAGAGGCAGGAAGUCCAACAAUCUUCUGAUCUCCUUUAAACUCAUGUUUUCAAUGUUUGUCUGCCUUUAUGAUGCAAAAAAAUGAUAAAAGUUCCACAUGUAUCCAUCAUAUCAAGUUCUAGUAUAAGAUAACCUCUGUGAGAGGGUCCUACAAACUGUUAUUUAUAAAUUUGAUAUGUGAUGAAAUAUCGUUUUAGUUAAACUGGUGACAAACCACAGAACUAUAGUGGCAAGCUAUUGCAGAUAAAACAACAAAAUGAUUCAAUUUUCUCACAAUUUGACCAUAAAAAUGCAUAAAAAGUGGCACGAAAACAUUCUUACUAAAAGCAUAAAGAAAAAUACUGUCAAUAUGAAAGUAGAAAAGAAAGUUCUCAGUAACAUGUGAGAAAUGAACAGUUGUCUUACAACAUUUUGAUGAAAGGAGGACCAGUCUGACAGGUGACAGCUAAAGAUGCUUUUUAAGGUGUGUCUAAAAUAUGGGGAAACCUGCAGAGUGUAUAUAGCUCUAACUUAAGACCAGAAACUGCAUCAGAAGACUGCAGGCAUGGCUCUGAAGCUGAUCUGUGUGGUGGCUCUGCAGACGCUCUUCAUAAAAGAGUCAGUGUCACAGCUUAAUGUUUGUGGUCAGGCUAAUCUGAACACCAGGAUUGUUGGAGGACAGGAUGCUCCUCCAGGGUUCUGGCCCUGGCAGGUCAGUCUGCAGGGACCUUCACACUUCUGUGGAGGAUCGCUCAUCAACAACCAGUGGGUGCUGACGGCAGCUCACUGUUUUCAAGGUUCAAGUGCAUCUGGUGUGAACGUGGUUCUGGGUCUUCAGACUCUGCAGGGAUCCAACCCCAACAUGGAGUCUCGAACAAUAACAACUUUAAUCGUUCAUCCGAGCUACAACUCGGAUACAAUAGACAACGACAUCGCCCUCCUGCAGCUCUCCUCACCAGUAAACUUCACAAACUACAUUUCUCCAGUCUGUCUGGCUUCCACCAGCAGCACCUUCUUCAGCGGCAUCAACACCUGGGUCACCGGGUGGGGUAACAUUGCAAGAGGAGUUUCCCUUCCUUCCCCACAAACCCUCCAGGAAGUAAAAGUACCGAUUGUGGGAAACAGACGGUGUAAGUGCAGCUAUGGAGCCAGCUACAUCACAGAUAACAUGAUGUGUGCCGGGUUACUUGAAGGAGGCAAAGACUCUUGUCAGGGAGACUCAGGAGGUCCACUGGUGAUUAAGCAGAAUGGCCGCUGGAUCCAAGCAGGAAUUGUGAGUUUUGGAAUAGGUUGUGCUCAACCUAAUUACCCAGGAAUCUACUCAAGAGUGUCCCAGUACGAGACCUGGAUCAAUGCCCAAAUCACCAGUAAUCAGCCGGGGUUCAUCAACUUCACUUCGACCGGAACAGACAGUGACCUCAGUGUGUCGUGUCCAACAGUGCCACCUGCAGAUUUGGUUUGUGGGCGGGCCCUCCUGAACUCCUAUUUGUUAAACGGAAGUUCAGUGGUAACUGCAGGUCAGUGGCCGUGGAUGGCGAGUCUGCAGAAGAACGGACAGCACGUGUGUGGAGGGACACUAGUUUCUCUGGACUCUGUGCUUAGCAAUGCUAACUGCUUCUCAAGUUCUCCUGUGGCGUCUGAGUGGACGGUUGUGUUGGGUCGUCUGAAGCAGAACGGAUCAAACCCCUUUGAGGUGUCGCUGAAAGUGACAAACAUCACUCUGAGCAACCAGACAGGCUCCAAUGUUGCAGUGCUGAAACUCUCCACCACGCCCGAGCUGAGUUAUUUCAUCCAGCCCAUCUGUCUGGACAACGGAAGAACUUUUCCUGUGGGAACAACAUGCUGGGCUGCAGGCUGGAGUUCUGGACGGGGAGGAGAAGAAGAAGUUCUGCAGGAGUUCCAAACCUCAGUGCUAGAAUGUACGAGACCAUCAAAUGACAGGAUCUGUACCGGACGGUUUACACUUGAACAGGGUGACUCCGGAGGCCCCCUCAUGUGUGAGCAGGACGGCUCUUGGUAUCAAGCCGCUGUGUUAUCAUCCAUGAACAUCCCCAGCAGGAGAAGACGAGCUGCAGCGGUGAUGGAGUUUGAGAGACUCAGCCGCUUCCAGGACUUCCUGGUUAAGACGGUGGGAACUUUCCUGUCUCCUGCACCAUCCACCACCACUACCAGACCUACGACCAGACCUGAUACCGGACCUUAUACCGAACCCGUGACCGAACCUACGACCAGACCUGAUACCGGACCUUAUACCGAACCCAUGACCGGACCUACCACCAGACCUGAUACCGGACCUUAUACCGAACCCAUGACCGGACCUACCACCAGACCUGAUACCGGACCCCAUACCAAACCCAUGACCGAACCCACCACCAGACCUCAUACUAGCACUACUACCAGGCCAACGGCCAGACCUCAUACCAAACCCAUGACCAGACCUAUGACUACUACUGAUCACAUGACUGGCUGGAAAAUUCCCCACAAGGUUUUCUUCUACCUUCGUCUCAUUUUCCGGACCUUGUGUCACGUUUUCUCCUCACAUGAAACUUAAACUACUAUGAUAUGAAAUCCAAAAAGGUGAACAAUUUCCA